AUGGCAGUUGAUAUAGAAGUAAGUGACACUUCCCAUCGACACGAUGCUCAAGUCCAGACUACUCUCUUCCCUGCCCACUUCAUUCUGGCCUCACGAACACAUUUUGAAGCAACUAUGGCAUUGGCCAGUUGUCGCUACAGAAAGUUGCUUUGGCUGCCAUAUCUGAACAGUAGUCAAACUCCAAGCACGCGAGAUAGGGACUUGGGGUUGAGCUUGCGUAGGGUCAUGACAACAACAACAAUCAUAACGUGGCCGUUUAAAACAAAAGUACCAUCUCGCUCACCCUUACUGGACAGGACAAUGAAAAACGUCAAUGUCAUGCCAUAA